AUGGCUUCCAAGAACAAGUACUCGGUUCUCCUCCCUACUUACAACGAGCGCCGCAACCUCCCCAUCAUCACUUGGCUGCUGGCCAAGACCUUCACCGAGAACAACCUCGACUGGGAGAUUGUCAUCGUCGACGAUGGCUCCCCCGAUGGCACGCAAGACGUUGCCAAGCAGCUCCAGAAAGUCUACAGCCCUGAGCGCGUCCUGCUGAAGCCGCGCGCCGGCAAGCUUGGUCUGGGAACGGCCUACGUCCAUGGGCUGCAAUUCGCGAGCGGCAACUAUGUCAUCAUCAUGGACGCCGACUUCUCCCACCACCCCAAGUUCAUCGCCGAGAUGGUCAGAGUACAGAAGGAGAAGAACUACGACAUCGUCACCGGCACCCGCUACGCUGGCAACGGCGGUGUCUACGGCUGGGAUCUCAAACGCAAGUUCGUCAGCCGCGGCGCCAACUUGUUCGCCGACACCCUUUUGCGCCCUGGCGUGAGCGACUUGACCGGCAGCUUCAGGCUCUACAAGAAGGAGGUGUUGCAGAAGGUCAUUACCAGCACUGAAAGCAAGGGCUACACUUUCCAGAUGGAGAUGAUGGUCAGGGCAAAGGCCAUGGGCUUCUCUGUUGCCGAGGUUCCCAUCAGCUUCGUCGACCGCCUGUACGGAGAGAGCAAGCUGGGCGGAGAUGAGAUUGUUGAGUAUGCCAAGGGCGUCCUCAACCUGUGGCUCAAGGUCUAA